UUUUUUUUUCCUUGUAAUAGGUCAAGGUUUUACACAAUCAAAGAGGAAUAAAUUAUCGAAAUUCUCAUCCCCCAUCGAAGGAAUCGAAAUCAAUGUCUCGUCAUGUUGCAUACUGUGAGAGCUACAGCAUAGACAUUAUCAAAUAUUAUCGUGAAGUUGAAGAAAAACGUCAAUUGAGAUUUAAAAAUUUAAACAAACUCAAUAUAACAUUCAAAGAACGUCAAACAAUUAUUUCAUUUAUCAUAAUAACAAUGGUAAAAAAUAAUUAUUUAUUUAUUUACUUGUUGGUUUGCUUUAUAAAUUUUAAAUUAUAUUUUUUUUUUUUUGUAGACAAUGCACUCGUACUCGUCAAGUACAUUAUACAUAGCUGUACGUAUUUUUGAGGAUGUUGUAAGAAUUGUUAAAGAUACUGUUGAUAAUUUACAACUCAUUGCACUGGCUGCAAUGUGGAUUGCAAUUAAGAGAGACUCGAUUACAUAUAUUAUUCCAACAGCACAAAAAGUUGCUGACUACUCAAAUGGUGUAUUCACAAAUGAAGAUGUUAUAAAAUGUGAAGCUGAAAUUUUAUCUGCAAUAAAAUUUGAUUUAGCAUAUGCUGAUCCAAGUUUCAUAAUGAGUUAUUGUCUUGUUUCAAAUACAUCUUCAUUAAUUGCCAGUGAUGAAAAAAUUGCAAGAGCAUAUUAUUUUGGUUCAUAUAUGAUUGAUCUAGCUUUACUUGAUGAUCAACUCAUGUCAAUAUCACCAAUAUUAUUAGCAACAACUGUUGGUGAAAUUGCAAUUGGUUUAGUAAUGCAACCAGAAAAAUAUUUAAGUCUUAUUCAUUUUGAACAAUGGCGUACUGAUAUUGCUAGAAACAGUUUUAAAGAUUCAGAUAUUUUUAAAGUUAGAUCAAAAAUAGUUCGUUGUAUUGUUGCAUCAUGCACUGAUAAAUCAUACAGUCGUACUAUUUAUAAAAAAUAUAAACGCACUCGUUAUGGUGCAAUUUCUGAUGAUUUUUUAAAAAAAGUUAGUAUGCUUGUUUGAAAUUCAUUUAUUAAUUUUUAUUUUUUUUUUUUUUCAUUUGCAAGUUAAUCUUAAC